CAGCACGAAAGAUGGGAAGAUCCAGGAAAGAGUGUAGACUUUCCAUGUUUGAGUCAACUUGUACAGAAACACCAGCCAUCCAUCAAAAUGAGUUGGUCCAAAGAUGACGAGAGCGUUGAUCAUACCACCCCUCGGAUACGAGUGGAUGCAGGGGGAAAUCUCCAUAUCGCUGAGCUUCAAGAAAGCGAUGCUGGGACCUACACAUGUCAAACAACAUACUGGGAAACUACAGUCACCACGACUCAAGUUAACUUACAUGUAGGAGGAACAAAACCCGGAGAAUCAGGUGGUAUAUUUGGUGUGCCAGUGCCAUGGGUUAUCUCAGUGGGUGCUGCUUUUCUUCUUCUCAUCAUCUUUGGCGGAUUUACCAUAGCAACCAAACCACGGUCUGGUGACAAAUCCCCAGAGUACAGUAAAAUACCUGAUGAAGAACAAGCCAUUGAUGAGGAGGAGGGGGAAGAAGAAGAGGAAGAAGCUGAAGAUUGAGAAGUAAAACCAUCUGGUUCUUUACCCAUCUCUCUCUCUUAGGUGAUCCCGCCACUGCUUUGGAGAUUCUCACAUCAUCAACGUUAACCACUACCAUUAAAACAUCAAGAAUCAUGAGUCCUGUUUCACAAAGACUUGACAACGAAUUUUAACUUUGCCACCGCUGUAACUUCCAUGGCAACCUUCAUUGUGAUUGGCUGCCGAGUUAAGUUGCCAUGGUAGUUGCCAUAAUGGCAAAGUUAUAAUAGUUGUGACUCUUCAGGAAGCGGGCCCUUGGACUUUAAUAUGUAAAUGAACUGUUUAAACUUCUGAUUCUCAAACCAUGCUUCAAAUAUUCAUUCACCAAUUGUUAUUGUAAUCAUGUCUUGUAUUAAAUGUGUAAAUAUACUUACAUUAAUAUGUGUAACAUUUGUUUAAUGUAUUUUCAUAUUUUAUAGAAAACAAACAAACCUUUUUUAUGAGGUUUGUAUGGGGGAACAG